CUACCUAUCGUAGACCCCCAUUACAUUCUUUAUCUCUAAUGACUACCGACGAAGUCUAUUCGGGUCAAUACCCAGUGCCACGAAAAUCAUUAUCGUCAUCCGUCCUAGUCCAAUCGUUUAACGCUAUGCAAUCACCCAUGAACAACAAACCUCGCUCCUUCAAUAACAGGACCACCAAUCGAUUUAUGAAUCCACCAAUUACGCUACCAAACCAAGUCAAAAUGAAUCGUGCAACUUCACAAUCUCGCAUUGGAUCGUUUUUCGAUAAUUCACAUAAUUUUUUACCCAGCUGGCUGGGAAGAUCACAGCAGAACUCAAUAGGGAACAGUGUUAAAAUUGUACCAAAAUCCAGUAGCAGCAAUUCAAUCAAUCAAGAUAUUUUUGCGGACGAAGAUGUUGUCGCUACCAACAACAUCAAUCACCAAUUUGAGGGCCUACUGGAUGAACUCAACAUGAAAGCCAGUCAGCGAAUAAAGCUGAAACAGCUCUCAUCUUCUCGAAAACUUUUUCUCAUCAAACAAAAUGAGCACCUGAAAAAUUCUAACGCCAAGUCACCUACAGAACCUCAACUAGGUAGUGACAGAGCCUUAGACGACUAUGGCACCACUGACGCUAUGUCAACUGUAUCCGUUGAUGAAUUAGAUAUACGUACAUCAAGCGAUUCAUCACCAUUAUCUCCUAUACGGCUAUCGUCCUCCCUGUCAAAAAUGCCACCACCUCAGUUCAAUCAAAAUCGCAUGUCACGUGUAGGUUCCAUGGCCAUUGAGUACGACUUCAUGGCUUGGCAGCAAACCUAUCAAAUGGUCUCCGAUGCCGAACCUGGUUACACUCACCUUUUGAGCAACAAUUCACCAUGGCAGGUGCACGUAGAGGAUAGAGGAGCUAGAGCUAGAGAGAGAGAUACACCUUAUUAUUAUGUAGAGAGGUUGAAGAAUCGACAUAUCUCGCUAGACAUCCUUUUAGAAACGCUGGUUUCCCUUCGAGUUCUUUUAUCCACCAUGCAGGUGGGUUGGAUAGAUGACUUUAUCGCCACGGCCAAUGAUGGAAUGUCUGCACUAGGCAAUAUCUUGGAUAGAAUGGAAGAACGCAAGAGGAGACGAAAGGCAGGUGCAAAAAACAACGACAAAGAGCACAAUGUACAACUGGAAUGCGUUCGCUGCUUGCGGGUACUUGUGAAUACCGAGGCCGGUUUUCAAAAUAUCGUCAGUCGACCCAACAUCCUUUUCCGGCUUUCGCAGUCUUCACUUUACCAUCCUCGAUCGCGCUCAAAGACAGAACUGCCAAAAUCUAGAUCAAGCAGUUCGGUGAAAUCCUUUAUCAGCGACCACGAACUGAGCGUUAGCGCCACAAAACUUUAUACGCAAACAUUAGAUCUUCUGACGGCUUUAUGCCGAAAAUCAUGGCCCGGGUAUACAACCGUUAUGGAAACCAUGUCAUCUAUACCUGAAGAGAGCUAUCGAUUUGAACAUUUAAUGGUAGCUCUUUGUUCACCGGGGUGCGCCGAUUCAGAUGAUCUCCUUCCGGGCACUUCAACCGAGUGGGAGUACAUCGAUACGGCUUUUGGAUUCGUUAUUGCCAUAGUUGGAAUGCCCGAUCAAAUUGAAGACCGCAUGAUGUUGGACAACGAGAUGAACCGACGUGGCAUUGAAGAAAAAAUAGAGGUACUUUUGCGAUCUUCACCACCGGAUUCGCUAAGAGAGAAGAUCAAGACAUAUGUAGAUGCUCGAAACGCCGAUAGAGAGGCCUUUCGCCAUUCAGUCAAAAUAAAGCGACAAAGUAUCUGGCAUAUGCACCCUACCGAGAUGGUUAUGCAAGAACUGAAACGUUAUUCUGUCAAUCCAGAACUCGAGUUCCAGGUCAUUGAUUGCAUCACCAAUAUCCUCAAACUCGGGAAGCAUGGAAAUCGAAAGGAAUCCGACAUUUGGACCAUCAUUAAUAUGUUCACUGCAGCUAUGACGAAGACCCAAGACGAAGAUUACCAAAGCGCAUUUAAGGUGUUCAUAAAAAGCGCUCAGCCCAUUAUAGGAAAAAUUACAACCACUGGAUUAACGAAAAAUGCAGAUGAAACAUCCAAAGGGGAGCUAGAAGAACUUCAAUCUCUGCGAGAUAUGAUGAGUGAUACACGAGAGCAGCUUUUACAAUGUAACGAAACACUGGCGAAGAUAAGAAGAGAGAAAAAUGAACUUCUCAUGAAAUUAUCCAAGGCACAAGGCGAGUUAUCGGAAAAGGAGCAAACCAUUGGUGAACUACAGGGAAAGAUCAGUGGAGCACAUAGCUGCAACUGUUCAUCACAGCCCAAAGCCUCUAAUUCUCUGACUAGCAAAACCGUUGCUCCACCUCCACCUCCUCCACCGCCACCACCACCGCCGUCAGCCCCUCCCGUAACCUCUUCUCUCUCAGUGACUCACUAUCAGUCUCCCAACAAAAGACACAGCAAAUACCAUCAUCCUGUGGACGUCAACCUCUACUUUUCCUCUCUGCAGUCUCUAGUGGAGACUUCUCAGUCAAUGCUGUCAAAUAAUAGCAAGAAGCUGAACAGAAUGUCGACGCAAAAGCAAUCUAAUCAAAAUGUACCGGAUAUGCCCAGAGAUGAAGCUUGCUCUAUGCCGAGAGCAACAACAAAACAAUUCUUCUGGUCCAAGCUGACUCGUGAGCGUAUUCAAGGCACUGUGUGGGGAGACAUUUUGAUGGUAAAUCGAAACAGUGUCGUUGAAGGGGCUAGAAUGACUGCAGCCAAACGUAGCGAUGUGAUGCUCAUGGCAGCCAAGGUCAAUAUUGACAUUGCGGAAAUCGAGAACCUUUUUGGCGUGGGUCAAAAGAAAGAUCAAGGAGGAGAUUAUACCAAGGCUCAGAUGGUUCGCAAGUCACCCUUAGUUACGUUACUUGAGUUUAACCGCGCCAAUAACAUUGCCAUCAUGUUGGCUCGACUCAAACUUUCAUACCCUGAAAUCCGAGAUGCCAUUUGGCACAUUGAUGACGACAAGCUCAACGUUGAUAAUUUAAAAUCAAUUAAGCAAUAUAUACCCACGAAGGAGGAGAUUGAGGUUGUGAAGGGAUUUGAAGGUGACCCCAUGCUUCUCGGCGAUGCUGAAAGAUACUUUCGCUCUAUUAUGUUUGUUCCACGCUUAUCGGAGAGGAUAGCGUGUAUGAUCUUACGAAGAAAAUUCAAUCAAGAGAUGAAAGAGACCCUACCGGAUAUAAGAACCAUUCGACAAGCUACAUCGGAAUUAAAAUCAGCGUCCAAAUUCAAAAAGUUGUUACAGAUUAUACUCUUGAUCGGAAACUACCUUAACAGUUCGACCAUGCGUGGAAAUGCAUAUGGGUUUCGACUUGAUGCUCUUUUAAAGAUGGGCGAUACCAAAGCUGACAAUAGCAAAGAUGCUGCCGUCCAGACCUUGCUGCACUACCUGGUGCGAGUUUUACUCAAGACAGCUCCGAUGCUUUUGGACUUCAAGAAUGAGCUUCCUCACCUCCAAGCAGCAGCAAAAUUAUCUGCUGCGUCGCUUCAUGCAACUGUGAACACUCUGAAUGCCGGCCUAACGCAGACGGAACAAGAAAUCAGGUUUAACUCUCAAAAGAAAUCGGUUACUCAAAUUGACCGAUUUACAGAUGCGAUGGAGAACUUCCUUUUAGACGCAAAACCCAUCUUGUCACAAGCUACCUCCAUGAUCAAGGAACUUGACGAUGACCUAAGAGAUCUCUAUGUCUACUAUGGCGAGGACCCAGCGUUAACCAAAUCUGAAGAUUUCUUCGGCAUGCUCCAUAAUUUUGCGACUAUCUUUACGAGAGCACACAGAGAGGUCCAGGAGGCUGAUCAAAGAAUUGUUCGCUCUAAGCAGCGGCAAUCGAUUCAGGGUAUUCCGGCGUAUGGCAGCCAAGUCAUUCCCCUUCAGUGCAAUUUUGAACAAGUCAUUAAGGAGCUCAGCUGUCAUCGACUGGUUAGAAAGCACCGAUAGAAUAGUACCGACCGACUCCUAAAAUUAUUAUUUUUUAUCAUAUUAUAUUAUAAGCUUUUUCGCA